UCCGUUACGGACCUUUUAAAAGGCCAGCCGAUGGACACGUUCUCACGUGACACUCACGCGUUCAGCAGGCUCGUUCAUCUAUUUGUCUAUUGGCGGAUCAAGAUAUGCGCUCGAGCAGAGGAAAACCUCGAUUCGCCUCCGCCUUUCCCUUCUUCCACCAAGCCGAAGCGGAUCAUGUCGUCCAAGCAAGGUGGGAAGUUGAAGCCCCUCAAGCAGCCCAAGGCUGACAAGAAGGAUUACGAUGAGAGUGAUCUGGCAAAUUUGCAAAAGAAGAAAGAAGAAGAGAAGGCACUCAAGGAGCUUAGAGCCAAGGCCUCCCAGAAAGGAUCAUUCGGAGGUUCUGGUUUGAAAAAGAGUGGAAAGAAAUAGUCUGCUUGCCUGUACUUAUUAUUAUUAUUAUUAUUAAUAAUGUAUUCCACAAAAUAAGAAAUAAAACUGAAUCUGUCUUGAAAUAGAUUCGAUAAUAAAACUGAACCCGAUUCGGAUGUA